AUGCAUCAAAAUUCCUAUAACUCCCAUGGAUGGAAACAUCCACGCAUCGGCCGUGGAAUGUUUCACGACGUUCGACGUCGUCUUCCCUAUUACUGGAGCGACAUCAAGGACGCCUGGUCAUACCGGACUAUUGCUUGUACCAUUCGGAUAUAUUUUAUCAAUAUUCUCCCCGCUAUAGCAUACACCCUCGACAUGUACCGUCGAACAGGCCACUUCUUCGGCAUAAACGAAGCAUUGUUCUCCUCUGCCCUCGCCGCAAUGGUGUUUAGCAUCUUCAGUGCCCAGCCAUUGACGAUUGUCGGCAUAACGGGACUGAUAUCCCUGUUCAACUAUACCAUCUUCGACAUCAUCGCCCUCCACGAUCCAUCUAUCUAUCCAACCUUUAUGUGCUGGACGGCGAUCUGGGCUGCUAUCUUUCACUGGAUUGUUGCGUUUUGCAAUCUGUGUGAUUAUAUGCGUUACGUGACUGACUUUUCGGCUGAGUCGUUUGGGAUGUACGUUGGGAUUAUCUAUAUCAUCAAAGGAGUCGAGGAACUCGUGAAUGGGUUUGGCCAAGGCAAUGCAGCUGGGUUUAUGGGGUGCAUGGUUGCCAUUCUAUACUUUGCCACUGUGUACGGAUUGGAAAGGUUGGGCAUGACUGUCCGUUUUCUAGCUGACUAUGCCUACGUAAUUGCAACCAUCUUUUGGACAGGAUUCUCACAUAUCCCCGGUCCUCUCAACGACACGCCCCUUUCUGCCAUCCCCACCAGCCUCGCCUUUCAUCCCACACAGCCUAGAAAUUGGCUUCUUCCAUUCUGGGAGUUGCCGCUGAAAUGGAUCUUUAUUGCCCUCCCGUUUGGGUUUCUCGUUAUGCUCCUGUUUUAUUACGACCAUAAUGUAAGCAGUCUCACAGCCCAGGCAAGGCGGUUUCCUCUGAAGAAGCCAGCGGGUUUCCAUUGGGAUUUCUUCCUGCUGGGAUGUACGGCAUUUGUGGCUGGGAUAUUGGGAAUUCCGAUGCCGAAUGGCUUGGUUCCUCAGGCCCCGGUCCACACCGACUCUCUCACCACAGAAAACGAAGACAAUGACAAUAUCGUCAUCGAACAGCGCAUUUCGCAUUUCAUCAUGGGCCUCGCCAUCAUAGUAACCAUGACACCACCCUUUCUAACAGUCUUGCAUACAAUCCCCGCCCCCAUCUUCGGUGGCGUCUUCCUCAUCGUCGGCUGGGGGUCGAUUGAAUCAAACGGUAUCCUCCGCAGAACCGUUUUUCUGAUAACAGAGAACAGGUUUCUACGUGAUGAAGAGCUGUUGUUGACUAUCCGAAAAAGAAAGAUUAUCCUGUAUCUCGUCUGUCAGAUUCUUUCGGUGGCUGCGUGUGUGGGUAUUUCGCAGACUAUCGCUGCUAUUGCUUUUCCGGUGCUUAUCAUAGCAAUGAUCCCAUUCCGAGUCUGGCUGAUCCCCAGAUGGUUCGACCAGAGUGAACUCGACGUGUUGGAUGCUUUUACGGCGGAUAAUGAGGCUGUUUUGGGUAGUUUGGGUGGCUUGCUGGGAUAAUAAAGAUGCCGCAAAAGCAUCUACAAUAUUUUAUGCCUGAUAUACCUACAUGGUGGUUCUGCAGGACAACGCAGUGGUUAUUUUACAUGCUGGUGUUGCUUUUCAAGAGACUUGUAAAAGCGUUUGAGGGAGCAUGCAUUUUAUUGCCUAUUGAGAAAACUGUUUGCCAUACCAGAGAGCAGUAGGAAUAUCAACAUCUUUCUAUUUCUUCUCUCUAUUCCUUUCCAGGAUUUUAGAUUUCUGGCUCUGAUAGUGAGCGGUCAAGGAGUGAGGAUACUUACAAAGCCUCAUGUUUGCGGAUAGUCGUUAUGAAGCCAUGGAUCCUGCAGUAGCUCCUUCGCUGUACUUCGCUCGUCGGGGUUCCAUUUGAUCAUCCGCUCGACGAAGUUAACAAACAUCCUCUUCUCUUCCCCAUGAAACUUGGAGAGGGUGCUUUCGAAGCUAAAGUUACUAGGGACCAGGUCUUCAUUUUUGAGUGUUCCUG